GCGUGGAAGGUGGCCUGAGGCGGAGUGCGUGGGGCAGGUCUCGGCGGGGCGGCCCCCAAGAGCCCUGAAGAGGAAUAGGAAAAAAGCUGAGUGUGCCUGGAAAACUAAGAAAAGGGAAAGCGCCUGGCGUGGGCGGGUUUAGAAGAGCCAGGGUGACCAGAUCCGGGUUGUAGUGGGCGGAGUCAAGGUUGCGCUCUAAGGUUCCAGGAUCGAGUGACAGAAAAACGCACCAUUCGCUGUGGGAACUCGGGGAGCCGCGUAGCCCAGAAUCCGGGGCGGAGGACAGUGGCUUCUCUAGAAGGACGUGAAAACUCCCGGUAACCAUAGGUGACACGUUCGGUGGCCUGGGAAAGUCAGCAGUCAGCCGCGCAGUGGCGGGAACCGCAGCCCAGCGGCCCUGGAACCUCCCAGGUCUCAUAUUGCUCAGCUGGACCUGCUCACCUGUGCAGCAGAACAAACCCCCUGGCUGGAGAAGAGAGAGGAGGCAGUAGCAAAGGAUCCAGGGGAGAUUGAUAGCAGCCAGAGACUGAAGGAUCUCAGAGUUGUACCAGUAUAUGUCGGUUGUCAACUUGAGUGAAUUAAGAACUGCCUGAACACUGGAGAGAAGGCUCAGAGUUUGAGUGCGAUCUUGAUGUAAAAUGUCAAGAAGAGUUCCAGUCUUUGGUCCUAAGACAGAAACUCAGAGAAGAGCAACAGGGCAAAUGGCUGCUUCUCCAAUAAAUGCUCCACAGGAUCUGUUGACAUUCAGAAAUGUGGCUGUGGACUUCUCUCAAGAGGAAUGGGAUUGUCUAGAUUCUUCUCAGAGGGCUCUCUACAUGGAUGUAAUGCGGGAGAAUUAUAGCAAUCUAGUUUUUGUAGAGAACCAUUGUAUAUGUGGUAAAUAUGAGAAUGUCUUGGAUCAAGACUCAAAGCAUGUUGUUCAUCAGCAUAUGUAUAUUCAAGAGAAGUCUCACAAAUGGUAUAAGCCUGGCAAAAUGGUUCAUAAAUCCUCCCAGUGUAUAACUUCUGACACAAGUGAUACUAUACAAAGCUGCAAGAAUUACGAAAGUGGUAGUCACAGGGAUACUUCUACUGAGUUAUCAAACCUAAAGAGACAUGAAAGUGGAAGCACCAUAAAAGAGCAAUACAAAUAUAAAGAUUCCGGGAAGCGUUUAAGCUUGUGUUCCACAAUCAGUCAAUAUCAACGGAUCCACACUAGAAAGAAAGAACACAGAAAUACAGAAUGUGAUGAAUUUUUUGACUCUAAACUUGAACACACAAUUGAACAAAUCCAUAGUGGAGAGAAAGAAUAUCAAUGCAGGAAAUGUGGAAAGUGCUUCCGGACCUAUUUGAGACUCAGUAAACAUCAGAGAACUCAUCCUGGAGAGAAACCCUAUAAAUUUAUAGAAUGUGAUAAGUCCUUUCUGAAUUUGUCACACCGCAAAGUACAUUACAAUAUCCAUCAUGGAGAAAAACCCCGCAAAUGUACAGAAUGUGGCAAGUGCUUUUAUAAUUCAUCAGGCUUUAAAAGACGUUGCAGAAUCCACACUGAAGAGGAGACUUACAAAUGUCAAAAGUGUAGAAAAUCCUUUAUCUGUUGCUCUGGUCUUAGAAAACAUCAGAAAAUUCGUGGAAGAGAGAGGCCUUAUAAAUGUAAACAAUGUAGUAAGUCCUUCUAUACAUUGUCACACCUUGAAUACCAUUGCAGAACCCAUAAUGGAGAGAAACUUUACAGAUGUAAUGAAUGUGGCAAAUCCCUUUCUACCUCUUCAGGUCUUAGAAAACAUCAGAGAAUUCAUACAGGAGAGAAAAUUUACAAAUGCAAUGAAUGUGGCAAAUCCUUUACCUUCCGCACAUCUCUUAGACUACAUCAAAGAAUUCAUACAGGAGAGAAACCUUACAAAUGCAAUGAAUGUGACAAAUGCUUUAUCCAGAAAGUCAACCUUAGAACACAUCAGGUAAUUCAUACAGGAAAGAAACCUUUCAAAUGUAGUGAAUGUGAGAAAUCCUUUACCGUUGGCUCUGGUCUUAGAAGACAUCAAACAGUUCAUACUGGAGAGAAACCUUAUAAAUGUAAUGAAUGUGGGAAAUCCUUCACAAUUGUCUCAGAUCUUAGAAAUCAUCAGAAAAUUCAUACUGGAGAGAAACCUCACAAAUGCAGUGAAUGUGGGAAAUCCUUUAUCUGGAAAGCUGAUCUUAGAACUCAUCAGAAAGUCCAUACAGGAGAGAAACCUUACAAAUGUGAAUGUGGAAAAUCCUUUACCACUGGCUCAGGUCUUAGAAGACAUCAGAGAAUUCAUACAGGAGAGAGACCUUACAAGUGCAAUGAAUGUGACAAAUAUUUUGUCCAGAAAACCAACCUUAGAAGACAUCAGAGAAUUCAUACAGGAGAGAAACCUUACCAUUGUAGUGAAUGUGGGAAGUCCUUUAACACUGACUCAUAUCUUAGAAUACAUCAGAAAAUUCAUACUGGAGAGAAACCUUACAAAUGUAGCGAAUGUGACAAAUACUUUAUCCAGAAAGCCAAACUUAGAAUACAUCAGAAAAUUCAUACAGGAGAGAAACCUUACAACUGCAGUGAAUGUGACAAGAGCUUCAACCAGAAAGGCAAUCUUAUAACUCAUCAAAGAAUUCAUACAGGAGAGAAACCUUACAAAUGUAGUAAAUGUGAGAAAUCCUUUGCCAUUGGCUCAGUUCUUAGAAAACAUGAGAAAAUUCAUACUAGAAAAAACCUUACCAGUGCAUUGAAUGUGACUAAUCCUUUAUCCAGGAAGCCAGGCUUAGAACUCAUCAAGGAAGUCAUACAAGAGAGAACCUUGCUCUCACCUCUCACACCUUGCGUUUAUUGUGGAAGAAACCCCAAGAUGACAGAUAAAGCUUUGAGUCCUAGAGCCAUAGACCGUAAUUUGGUGACCUUCUCUGAUGUGGCUAUAGGCUUCACUCAGGAGGAGUGGGCCUGUCUGGACUCUGUGCAGAAGAAGCUGUACUGGGAUGUGAUGCUGGAAAACUACAGUAACCUGGUCUCCCUAGAUACGCAAUCAUCCUAUCGAACCAACCAUUUAACUAGUCGAAGAAGCAUUUAUGGAUUGAGCUUUUACAAAAGUAAUCCAAGUGACAGAAGUCUAUCUCCCCACCCUAAUGGGAUUGGUGAAGGUAAAUAUGAACAAGUGUGGGGCUCUGGAGAGGGAAAUGUCAAUAAUGUAACAGACAGUACUAGAAAAGCACCCAGUGAGAGAGAUAGCUCACCAACACCAUAUGUGAGGCCUCAAACGGAGAGGUCCUUCUUAUGUCAGGGCUGUUGGAAAGCCUUCAGUCAUGGGUAUCUGCUUAGUCAGCAUCCAAUUCACACUGGCGAGAAGCGCUGUGAGUGCAAGAAAGCCUUCCUCUGCUGCAAUCCGCUUGCUCAGCACCAGAAAACUCACACCGGGGAGAAGCCUUAUGAUUGUAACAGCUGCGGAAAGGCCUCUUGCUGGGGUUCGAGCCUUGUUGUUCAUAGAAUUCACAGUGGGGAGAAACCAUACUUACUUAAACACUGUGGGGAAACCUUUAGGUGUGGCGACAAACUCUCUCGGCAUCAGCAGUUUCAUACUGGGGAGAAACGCUAUGAGUGUAAAGGCUGUGGGGAGACUUUCAGGCACCUCUAUAAAUGUAUGCAGCACAAGAGAAUUCUCUGUAGGGAUAAGCCCAAUGAGCGGAAGGACUGUGGGAAGGCCUUUAUUUGUGAUUCCAGCCUCAUUCAGCCUCGGAGAAUCCACACAGGUGAGAAACCCUUUGAAUGCCAAGAGUGUGGGAAGUCCUUCACUAGAGUCAAUUUCCUCACUCGGCACCGGAAGCUUCACACUAGCGAGAAACCACAUGAGUGUAAGGAAUGUAGGAGAGCCUUUCACUGGCUUUCAAGCCUUGUUAACCAUGAAAGAAUUCAUUCAGGUGAGAAACUCUAUAAAUGUACAGAAUGUGGGAAGGCCUUUAUGUAUGAAUCAGGCCUUCUUAAACAUGAGCGAAUUCACACUGGUGAAACCCCUUAUAAAUGUAAGGAAUGUGGGAAGAACUUUAUAUAUCGAUCUAGCCUUCUUAAACAUGAGCAAAUUCACACUGGUGAAACCCCUUAUAAAUGUAAGGAAUGUGGGAAGAACUUUAUAUAUGGAUCAAGACUUCUUAAACAUGAGCGAAUUCACACUGGAGAAACCCCUUAUAAAUGUAAGGAAUGUGGGAAGAACUUUGUAUAUGGAUCAGGCCUUCUUAAACAUGAGAGAAUUCACACAGGAGAGAAACCCCACGAACGUAAGGAAUGUGUGCAGUCAUGCCCAUCAGCUUAGACAGCACGAGAAAACUCACAUGGCAAAACCGUGUUAGGAGUGUGGAAAGAUUCACAGUAAUAUAAAGAGAACAUGAGAAGACUCAUGCACAUUGAGAACAUUGACUACAAAGAGCACACCAAGGCCUCUGCCCUACAUUCAUUCUUUCCUUGGUGAUUAAUCUAUCUUAAGAAAGCCUACCAUGGCCGGGCGAU